AUGUCUUCAAUAUGCUCAUUGUCUCUCCGAGUGAUGGUCCAUCAAUGGAGGCACAAUCACAGGAGCCUUCGCUAUUGGAUAUUACCACAUUUCAAGAGGAACCUCAGCUUCAUUCCCUCUCCUGUCUCCUUCUCAUUCAACCAGGAUGAUGAUUCUGUGCCUUCCAAACCAUACCAGUUGGGAUAUGAUCCAUCUGAGGAGAUAUUUGGAUUUUCUGCUGAUUUACAACCAAGGUCUUGGCAAAUUCUUGGUUCGACUCCUCCUGGUGGUGUAGCUGAUGACGGCACUUUCUCGUGGGCAAGCAUCUCUAGUGGUGGGUCUAUUAUUUGGGCUCUCUGUUUGGGCUUGCCGAUUAUUCUGUUGUGGCUGUGA